AUGGAAAGAAUUGCGGUGAAAGCGAAGCGAAAAGAGCUAGGCAUAUCAUGCAUGCUCAACACGGAGGUUGGUGCAGUUCUUGCUGUCAUUCGUAGACCUCUUGCUGAAAGUUACCUUUCUCCACAAGAAACAGACCAUUGUGAUUCAUCUGUCCAACAGUCUCUGAAAUCUCUUAGGGCACUUAUCUUCAACCCUCAACAGGAUUGGCGCACCAUCGAUCCUUCGGUUUAUUUAUCUCCUUUCCUUGAAGUUAUUCAAAGCGAUGAGAUCCCGGCUAGCGCCACAGCCGUGGCACUCUCCUCCAUCUUGAAGAUCCUUAAAAUCGAGAUUUUCGAUGAGAAAACACCUGGUGCUAAAGAUGCUAUGAACUCCAUUGUUUCCGGGAUUACUAGUUGUCGUUUAGAGAAAACAGAUUUGGUUUCUGAAGAUGCCGUGAUGAUGAGGAUUCUUCAAGUUUUGAUCGGAAUCAUGAAACAUCCAUCCUCUGAUUUAUUAGAAGAUCAAGCGGUUUGUACAAUCGUCAAUACAUGUUUCCAAGUGGUACAACAAUCUUCCGGGAGAGGAGAUUUGUUGCAACGAAAUGGAAGAUACGCAAUGCACGAGCUGAUUCAGAUUAUAUUCUCUAGAUUACAAGAUUUUGAGGUCAGAGGAGAGGAAGGUGGUGAGGAAUCAGAAUCUGAUACUGACGAGAUUGACAUGAGCAAUGGUUAUGGAAUAAGAUGUUGCAUCGACAUUUUCCAUUUCUUAUGCUCUUUGCUCAAUGUGGUUGAGGUUGUCGAGAACUCUGAAGGGACAAAUGUUCACACUGCCGACGAAGAUGUCCAGAUUUUUGCUUUGGUUUUGAUCAAUUGUGCUAUUGAGUUAAGCGGAGAUGCAAUCGGGCAGCACCCGAAGCUUCUUCGGAUGGUUCAAGAUGAUCUGUUUCACCAUCUAAUCCAUUAUGGAGCUUCUUCAAGCCCUCUUGUGCUAUCUAUGAUCUCUAGUUGUAUACUCAAUAUAUAUCACUUCCUUCGCAAGUUCAUGAGGCUACAACUCGAAGCUUUCUUCUCCUUCGUAUUGUUGAAAGUUACAGCUCUCACAGGCUUCCUUCAGUUACAAGAAGUUGCUCUUGAAGGGCUAAUCAACUUUUGUCGACAACCCGCUUUCAUAGUUGAAGCUUAUGUUAACUACGAUUGUGAUCCGAUGUGUAGAAAUAUUUUCGAAGAGACUGGAAAAGUUCUGUGUAGGCACACCUUCCCUACCUCUGGUCCUUUAACCUCUCUACAAAUCCAAGCCUUUGAAGGUCUAGUGAUCUUGAUUCACAACAUCGCUGACAAUAUGGAUAAAGAAGAAGAUGAAGGUGAUGAAGAAAUUGACCAAUCCAAUGCUAUUAAGCCAAGCCCUGUUGAGAUUCACGAGUACAUACCAUUUUGGGUAGACAAGCCAAAAGAGGAUUUUGAGACAUGGGUAGAACAUAUAAGAGUGAGGAAAGCGCAGAAGAGGAAGCUAGCGAUUGCCGCAAAUCAUUUCAACAGAGAUGAGAAAAAGGGUUUAGAGUAUCUGAAGUAUAACUACUUAGUCUCAGAUCCUCCUGAUCCAAUGGCUUUAGCUUCAUUUUUCAGAUUUACUCCAGGUUUGGAUAAGACAAUGAUCGGAGAUUACCUUGGAGAUCCUGAUGAGUUUCAUCUUAGUGUUCUACGAAGCUUUACAUAUACGUUUGAGUUCACGGGUAUGAAUCUUGAUACAGCACUGAGGACAUUUCUUGAGUCGUUUCGGCUACCGGGAGAAUCACAAAAGAUUGAACGUAUGAUCGAAGCUUUCUCUGAGAGAUUCUAUAAACAGCAAUCAACUGAUAUUUUUGCAAGCAAAGAUACUGUUCAUAUUCUCUGCUACUCUCUUAUAAUGCUCAACACGGAUCAACAUAACCCUCAGGUUAAGAAGAAAAUGACAGAGGAUGAGUUUAUCCGCAACAACCGAGCAAUUAACGCGAAUAAUGACCUUCCAAGAGAAUACCUUUCUGAGCUUUUUCAAUCCAUUGCAACAAAUGCAUUCGCUCUAUCCACACAUUCAGGUCCAGUGGAAAUGAAUCCAAAUAGAUGGAUUGAGCUUAUGAACAGAACAAAGACGACACAACCCUUUAGCAUGUGCCAGUUCGAUCGAAGAAUAGGAAGGGAUAUGUUUGCAACCAUUGCAGGUCCAUCAAUAGCAGCUGUUGCUGCAUUCUUUGAGCAUUCAGAUGAUGAUGAAGUGCUUCAUGAGUGUGUUGAUGCUAUGAUCUCUAUAGCUAGAGUUGCUCAAUAUGGCCUUGAAGACAUUCUUGAUGAGCUCAUCGCUUCUUUUUGUAAAUUCACUACGUUGUUAAACCCUUACACCACACCUGAAGAAACUCUAUUCGCAUUUAGUCAUGAUAUGAAACCAAGAAUGGCUACUCUAGCGGUUUUCACACUCGCUAACAACUUUGGUGAUUCUAUUAGAGGAGGGUGGAGGAACAUUGUGGACUGUCUCUUAAAACUUAGAAAGCUUCAACUUCUUCCACAGUCUGUCAUUGAGUUUGAGACUGAUGAUGAGGCCAUAAACAAUGGUGGAUCAGAACCUGAUAUGAACACUGUUUCUAACCAAGACAUUAAAUUCAACCGGCGACAAGGUUCUAGUCUCAUGGGUCGGUUCUCACACUUUUUGGCAUUAGACAGUGUCGAAGAAUCUGUGGCUCUUGGAAUGAGCGAGUUUGAACAAAAUCUUAAAGUCAUAAAACAAUGCAGGAUUGGUCAAAUAUUUAGCAGGAGCGCGGUGUUGCCAGAUGUUGCGGUGUUGAAUCUAGGCCGUUCUUUAAUCUACGCAGCUGCUGGAAAGGGACAAAAGUUUAGUACAGCGAUAGAGGAAGAAGAGACAGUCAAGUUCUGCUGGGACUUGAUCAUAGCUGUUGCCUUGUCAAACAUUCACCGGUUCAACAUGUUCUGGCCAAGUUACCAUGAAUAUCUACUCAAUGUCGCAAAUUUUCCGCUCUUUUCGCCCGUUCCGUUUGUCGAGAAAGGGCUUCCGGGUUUAUUUAAGGUAUGCCUCAAGAUUCUUGCUUCUAACCUUCAAGACCAUCUACCAGAGGAGUUGAUUUUCAGGUCCUUAACGAUAAUGUGGAAGAUAGAUAAAGAAAUCAUUGAAACAUGUUACGAUACAAUAACAGAGUUUGUUAGCAAUAUCAUUACAGACUACUCUGGUAAUCUACAUACCAAUAUUGGGUGGAAAAGUGUUUUACAACUACUUUCUUUAUGUGGAAGACAUCCAGAGACCAAAGACCAAGCCGUGGAUGCUCUCAUCGGUUUAAUGUCAGUUAACGCCUCGAAUCUCUCACAGUCGAGUUACGCUUAUUGCAUCGAUUGUGCCUUUAGUUUUGUUGCUCUAAGAAAUAGUUCAGUUGAGAAGAACUUGAAUAUAUUGGAUCUCAUGGCAGAGUCAGUAACGAUGCUGAUAAAAUGGUACAAAACCGCUUCUACCGAUAGUGUGAAUAGCAACAGCCCGGCAAGCAACACUAGCAGUUCAUCAUCCUUGGAAGAAAACAGCAUGAGAGGGGUUAACUUUGUUCAUCAUCUUUUCCUCAAACUCUCCGAGGCUUUUCGAAAAACGACCCUUGCGAGGCGAGAAGAGAUAAGGAACAAAGCAGUGACGUCUCUUGAAAAAAGUUUCACCAUGAGCCAUGAAGAUCUUGGAUUCACGCCCUCAGGAUGUAUAUACUGCAUCGACCAUGUCAUAUUCCCAACAAUUGAUGACUUGCAUGAGAAGCUUCUUGACUAUUCGAGGCGCGAAAAUGCGGAAAGGGAGAUGAGAAGCAUGGAAGGGACAUUGAAGAUAGCGAUGAAGAUGCUCAUGAACGUCUUCUUAGUUUACUUGGAACAGAUAGUAGAAAGUGCCGAGUUUAGAACUUUUUGGUUAGGAGUGUUGAGGAGAAUGGAUACGUGUAUGAAGGCGGAUUUGGGAGAGUAUGGAGAUAACAAACUUCAAGAGGUUGUGCCUGAACUUCUGAUUACCAUGAUCGGUACCAUGAAGGAGAAAGAGAUUUUGGUGCAAAAGGAAGACGAUGACCUAUGGGAGAUUACUUAUAUUCAAAUUCAAUGGAUUGCUCCAUCACUCAAGGAUGAGUUAUUUCCCGAUGAAGAGAUUUAG